UAAACAUCGAUAAUCGUUUAGCCCAAUUGAAAACAAAGCAAUUUUCGUGGUCUUUUGGCCAGUAUUUAAUUUAAAUUCGCUGGCAAGAGUCGCGUAUUAAUUGCAAAAUACACAUAUUUACCUCCUCUCCCCCGAUUGCUUGUUGCACCUGUGCGGAUUCUUCUUUUGCAUGUCGACUGGGCGGGCAGAAGAAAGUUAGCACGGAGAACAACAACGCAGGUGACUUGACCUCGCGACGAAGGAGGAGCGCAUCGAGAUGCAGAGCUACGGUCCCGGAGCCCAGGCUGCUCCGGCCGUCAAGCGCCGAACGGACAGCUACGAGGCUGCGCAGCAACAGCAGCAGUCUCCGGAGAGCGACGAGGAGUACGUGAACACCAGGAUACUGCGACGCCAGGUGCAGCUGCAGUCCACUCCGGUGGCCCCGGUGGUGCCAAUGCCCAUAUCCGCGGGCAGUGGCACUGCUCCACCCUCCGUGAAUGGCCAAGAGGAGCAGCCCGAGUUCCCCGGAUCCUCGGCUGCAUCUUACCAGGAGGAGCGAAUGCGCAGGAAGCUUCAGUUCUUCUUCAUGAACCCUAUCGAGAAGUGGCAGGCCAAGCGAAAAUUUCCCUACAAGUUCGUCGUACAGAUUGUAAAAAUCUUUCUGGUGACGAUGCAACUGUGCCUUUUUGCCCACUCGCGGUAUAACCACAUCAACUACACGGGUGAUAACCGAUUUGCCUUCUCGCAUCUAUUCCUGCGCGGCUGGGAUUCUUCCAGGGAGGUGGAAAGUUAUCCGCCAGCUGUGGGUCCCUUUGCCCUUUACCUAAAAUCAGAGUUCUUCGACACGGUGCAGUAUGCGGUUGAUGGAUACGCCAAUGUGAGCCGAUCUAUUGGACCAUACGACUACCCGACACCCAACAACACAAUGCCGCCACUAAAGCUUUGCCUGCAAAACUAUAGAGAGGGCACCAUAUUCGGUUUUAAUGAGUCCUACAUUUUCGACCCCCACAUCGACGAGGUGUGCGAACAACUACCGCCGAACGUUACCACCAUUGGGGUGGAGAAUUACCUCAGGCAGCGCGGUGUGGAGGUCAAUUUUGCAUCUCUUGUCUCCGCACAGUUGACGUUCAAGAUAAAGACGGUGAAUUUUAAGGCGAACGGCGGGCCACUUUCUGCUCCUGAUUGUUUUCGUUUUGACAUUUCCAUAAUGUUUAACAACCGAGACCACGACGGGCAGAUGUUGCUCUCACUUGAUGCAGAGGCGACGCGACUCAAGUGCCACGGCGCCACGGACUUUAUAUCAGAGGCCAAUUUCGAUUCCAUGCUGCGAAGCGUACUCAACAUAUUCGUCCUACUAACCUGCGCAUUAUCCUUUGCACUCUGUACAAGGGCUUUGUGGAGAGCUUACCUGCUGAGAUGUACAACUGUCAAUUUUUUCCGUUCGCAUUUCGGCAAGGAGCUGAGCUUUGAUGGUCGACUGGAAUUCGUUAAUUUUUGGUACAUAAUGAUUAUUUUCAAUGACGUCCUUUUGAUCAUUGGAUCGGCUCUGAAAGAGCAAAUCGAGGGGAGGUACUUAGUGGUGGACCAAUGGGAUACCUGCUCUCUUUUCCUGGGAAUCGGCAACCUGCUUGUUUGGUUUGGAGUGCUGCGCUACCUCGGCUUCUUCAAAACCUACAACGUUGUGAUACUGACGCUGAAAAAGGCAGCACCAAAGAUUCUUCGAUUCCUUAUCGCCGCCUUGCUGAUCUAUGCUGGAUUUGUGUUCUGCGGCUGGCUUAUCUUGGGACCCUACCACAUGAAGUUCCGUUCGCUGGCUACAACGUCCGAGUGCUUGUUUGCGCUGAUAAACGGUGAUGAUAUGUUUGCCACCUUUGCCACGCUUUCCAGCAAGGCCACCUGGCUGUGGUGGUUCUGCCAGAUCUACCUGUACUCGUUCAUAUCCUUGUACAUUUAUGUUGUCCUGUCGCUGUUCAUUGCCGUCAUAAUGGAUGCCUACGAUACGAUAAAGGCGUAUUACAAAGAUGGCUUUCCCACCACCGAUCUCAAGGCAUUUGUCGGAACUCGCACUGCUGAGGACAUCAGUUCCGGUGUCUUCAUGACCGACCUGGACGACUUUGACCAGACGAGCUUCCUGGACGUGGUAAAGAGCGUUUGCUGCUGUGGACAGUGCGGUCGGCAUCAGGAGCCCGCCCAGCCCAACAGUGGUUACACCAGCCUUUCUAGUAUUAUGAAGUAACUGGGUGCGCCAUGUUGACCCGCGAGUCUUCAUUCUGUUUUGUUUUGUCAGCUUUUUGUGUGUAGUCAAACUUGUUGUUAGCUUUUUGUAUUAGUUUGUUAGUUUGCCAAAGCACUUGAACCGAGAUAAGAGAAACCAUAACGUACGUACCUAUAAGAAAUUCCAAAAGCAGCUGCUCUGGUCACAAUCAACGGGCAUGUUCCGAUUUUAACUUUCAAAGAAAUGGCUUUAAUUCGGCUUGCAGAAAUAUAACUCUUGACAAAAAUGCUUUUUUCUUUAAUACAUAAAUUAUAAAAUAUAUUAGACCAAAAAGAAAAACCAAUUUAUAUUGCGAAUUUGUUGCCAUUUCUGUGAAAGUAAAAGCCGACAAAUAACUAAGGAAAGGCACCGAGCAACGCUGUGCGUUGGGAAACCACAAAACCGCAAAUAUGUUUUUGUAACGAGAGAUAUUAAGUGUGUGAUAUAAUGCGGAAUCAGAAUUUGCGAACAAUGGAAAUUAUAAUAGAGGGAGCUAUUUUUGUCAGGGAUAUCGACAUGGGCUUGAUCAAGAUCUUCCAUAAGAACGAAUUCAUCCGAAUCGCGUUUUCGUAGAAAUCUGGAAGUCACAUUGUAUAGAACUGCACUGGUCGACAAAAAAAGGCAGCCUAAGUAAAUAGUUAUUUUAGAAAGUGUUUAGUUCUGCAUAACACGACAUCGAUUUUUGUCGACUUGUGUCAUUUUCAUAAGCCAUAGAUAAGGAAACAUUAGCUAACAUUAUUUUAUGUGUACAAGGAAAACUUUGUAUUUAUAACCAAAAACCAUAAACCCAAUAAACUGUUUAUAGAACUCAA